AUGCCGCCGAAGCGAAGACAGGCCGAUUCCCACGAGCCUGCGUCCCCUCCAGCAAACACCAAACGCAGCAAGCCUAACAAUGCUCCGUUUGCCCUGAAGCCUCGGAUACGACACAUCAACGAGGAGACUAUAAAGUCGAAAUGGACGACACUACCGGACUCUACGCAGGAGAAAGUAAAACUGCUCUUUCAAUCGGUCGAGCUGCCGGUCAUCACCCGGAAUCGAGACGAGAAGAAGCGCGUUGAGGCCCAGUCGGCACUCGCGACAGUGCGCAAGAACCUGGGCAAACGAUUACCGAAGAUGCCAUUCCCAGCGGGUACAAGAGAUGGUAGCUUUGAUUACGAGGGCGCGCUGGGAGAGAGUAAAGCGCUGGAGAGCCAAUUGGCGGCGGCUACGAGUUCUAUUCGGCUGCUACAAGCUGAGAUUAAGCGGGAAGAAGCCGAGCUGGCAAAGGAUAAGCUGAAGCUGGAGGAACUAGAGCGCAAUGCUAAAGCAGCAGAGGCUGAGAGGAAGAGGUUGAAUAAGAAUGUUCACCCUGUUCUCAAGCAACUUGACGAAUCGAACGUGGAGGAAGCAGUAAGCGCAGAGUUCAAGCUCGAGGUGAAGAACGAGGAGAGUCUUUUUAGUGAAAUCGACACGGACCCAGCCCUCCUUCCCACGAUCAAACAGCUUCGCAACCAUCUUGAAUCCAUGCAGGGCAACGCAGCUCAGGAUCAAUUAUUUACUAAGAUCGAUGAACUUGGCAAAGAGGACAGACGGAAGACAGGUCUCGUUCCUGCACGAGCAAGGUACUCUGGGGCGGAUUAA